AUGUCCGUGUCUGUCCAUCCCCACCGUACUCAGCAUCCUGUCCCUCUGAUCUCCCCGGAUCGAAAACUGAAAAAUUCAACUCACCUACUCGUAUCUCCUCCUCUAUAUCUCACCACUGACCAUUGUCCGGACGUGGUUCGCACAAACCUCCCUCCCACUCGUAAACAAUUCAACCAGCACCCUGACCUGCCCCCUGAGCUUCAUUAUCCUCUAUUCGGGUCUAGCGCCGUCAACUUGAGCAUUGCAAAUCACAGGCUUCCUAUCGUGCUUUUCCCAAACCUUCCUCCUCCGGUCCGCCAGAGUGCCAUAUCUGGUCCCUCAUUAUCUGCUACAUGGAAGGUCUGGCCCUGCAACUGGGAGUCUCCCAUCACUCCCCAUCAUGACGACAGACAUACUCGCUCUCGCUGCUCAUUUUCUUGCUUUUCGCCCCCAAUAAUCUAUAUCGAUAGUAUUCGUUCUGGCCACCCACCCCCAUCUGUCAAUCACAGCCCUCAAUUCUUCCCGAAACUCCGAACCACAUCAUCCCUCGAUCCCCGUCAAAUUCAAAACAAUUCUUCAAUUUAUGUGAUAGGGGACGUCGUCUGGACAAUUCCUUUCUCGCUCUCACUAUCCAGUAUGCUGUCGGCGCUCUGCGAGGCCCGGUCGUAUCGCUUGGCUGUGAGCCCGUUUGCGCCACCCACUGCCUCCACCGCAGCGCAUACAACGCGUCCAUGUUCCUCGCGCGUCCACGUUCCUCACGCGUCCCAUCACCUCGACCACGCAGGUCCUGGAUCAAACUUUCCCCUCAUUCACCACGAACCCACUGUCGAGAAACAAGAAACACACUUCCCGCAUUCAGUUUUCCACAGGGAGACUCAAUGUCCGGUCUAG